AUGCUCGCUAGGUCUUCCGGCAUUGCAUUCGCUAACCUUACCCGCGCUUCUAUCGCGGCUACGGCUCGCCGCAGCAUUCCCGCUGUCGCCUUUUCUGCUCGCCACUAUGCGACUGCCAAGGCUUCCGCUUCGGAGGUGAGCGCUAUUCUUGAGCAGCGCAUCGCUGGUGCGUCUGCCAACUUUGAUGCCGAAGAGACUGGCCGUGUGCUUACCAUCGGUGACGGUAUUGCCCGCGUCUAUGGUCUUCGCAACGUCGAGGCCGAGGAGAUGGUUGAGUUCGCAUCCGGUGUUCGCGGCAUGGCUUUGAACUUGGAGCCCGACAAUGUCGGUGUCACCAUCUUUGGCUCUGACCGUGACAUCAAGGAGGGUGACACUGUCAAGCGUACGGGCGCGAUUGUUGACGUCCCCGUCGGACCUGGUCUUCUUGGCCGUGUCGUCGAUGCCCUGGGCAACCCUAUCGACGGCAAGGGCCCCAUUGAAUCCGUCGAACGCCGCCGUGCUUCGGUGAAGGCUCCCGGUAUUCUUCCCCGUCAGUCGGUCCACGAGCCCAUGGAGACUGGCUACAAGUCGGUCGACGCCAUGGUGCCCAUUGGCCGUGGCCAGCGUGAGCUGGUCAUUGGUGACCGUCAGACUGGUAAGACUGCCCUGGUGCUUGACACCAUCCUGAAUCAGCUUCGCUGGAACGAAAGCGGCGACGAAAAGAAGAAGCUUAGCUGCAUUUACGUCGCUGUUGGUCAGAAGCGUUCUACUGUCGCCCAGCUUGUGCAGGUGCUCGAGCAGCGCGAUGCUCUUAAGUACACCAGCAUUGUCGCUGCCACCGCCUCGGAUGCUGCUCCUCUGCAGUAUCUCGCUCCUUUCACCGGCUGCUCUAUCGGCGAGUGGUUCCGUGACAAUGGCAGGCACGCGCUCGUCAUCUUUGACGACUUGUCUAAGCAGGCUGUUGCCUACCGUCAAAUGUCGCUCUUGCUUCGUCGUCCUCCGGGUCGUGAGGCGUACCCUGGUGAUGUUUUCUACCUUCACUCGCGUCUUCUCGAGCGCGCUGCCAAGAUGUCUGACAAGAUGGGCUCUGGCUCCAUGACUGCCCUUCCCAUCAUUGAGACCCAGGGUGGUGACGUCUCUGCUUUCAUUCCGACCAAUGUCAUUUCCAUUACCGACGGUCAGAUUUUCCUGGAGGCUGAGCUCUUCUUCAAGGGUAUCCGUCCCGCCGUCAAUGUCGGUCUCUCGGUCUCUCGUGUUGGUUCCGCCGCCCAGACCAAGGUGUACAAGGCCGUUGCUGGUUCGCUCAAGCUCUACCUUGCCCAGUACCGUGAAUUGGCUGCCUUUGCCCAGUUCGGCUCCGAUCUUGAUGCCUCCACGCGCUACACGCUUAGCCGUGGUGCGCGUCUCACGGAGCUGCUCAAGCAGCCCCAGUACCACCCUCUGGCCACCGAGAUUCAGGUUCCGAUUUUGUUUGCCGGUGUUCGUGGUCUCCUUGACGACGUCCCUGUUAACAAGAUUGUCGAGUGGGAGAACGUCUACCAUGACGAGCUCGCGAACCAGUCCGAUCUCCUCAAGGAGAUCACCAAGGGUUCCAUGACCAAGGAGCUUGAGGAGAAGAUUAACGCGUCGGUCAAGAACAGCGUCUCUUCCUUCCUUGGCAACCCGAACUAG